AUGGAACGUAAGCAGUCGCCAUCCAAGAAGCAAUUAAUAGCCAUUCAAGAAGAGAAAUUAAUACGAGAAAUCAACUACGACUCCCUAGCUGAAACAUCAGGCAAUCCACCGAAAAAGCUAUUUUUAGAAAUACUUCAAAAUCGCUCAAAUUUAAAAAACUCACCUUGUAAAGUUUUUGUUUCUAUAAAACCGAGAGCACCAGCUAUCAAAACUUUAUACUUAGCCGAAAAAAAAAGAUUUAAUCCCAGAAAGCGUUCACACAGAUCAGGGUCAAGGCUAGCUGUAGGUGAUCAUUCAUCGUUUACAACGCGUAAGCAUAUUUUUACUAAAUGUAUGGUUGCAAGUAGCACUCUUCAAUUUAUAAAUCGAGCAAAAAGUGAAAUUAUUUGUGAAAGAACUUCAACAAGUAUAGUACCUGAUGAAAGUACAACGACCGUUUCAAAAUGUUCCAAUAACGAAGACUCAUCCUACGAGUCCUUAAUUCAUACUAAACAUUUAGCAGAAAAAUGUUAUCUUUACACUGUACCGCAAAUAACUAUGACUGUUCCUAAAGUUGAUAAAAUUAAUGUAAACCACAGAAGUUCUCCAAAAAAUGUUGAUGUUGGAACUCUAGUACCAAAAGAAUCAUCUCUUGAUGGAAAACAUUCUCCACAUAUAACCCAUAUAAAUAGGAGAAUAGACCAAUUAGAAAGAAAAAUUUUGAAACAAAGAUUGGUUUUUCAUUCUCUUGAUCCUACUUUUCCUCUAACUUCGUCUGAUGAAGAAGAAUACAACGAUAAUAAAAUGAGAGAAUUGACAAAUAACAGAGCAGGCUGCAGCUAUAUUGAAUACAGCCGUAUCCCAGACACAUCAGCAUUUCAAAGAUGCUCCCAACAAGCUGCCCCUUUAUCAGAAAGUAAAGCCACUACUAUCGAAAAAGAACAUAAUUCUGAACAAUACGGUCGUAAUUUUUCACUGUACGAUGGUAUUACAGCAAGAGGAAGACGACAGUGUGCCUCAGUUCCUUGUAAAAGAGAUGACGGUUCAAAACUGGCAGCUGAAAGAGUUCACAAAAUUCGACACAAGCUCAAUCCAGUGAGAGAUUAUAGACUUAUGGAUACAGUUCAUUAUUUGGCACAAGGAGAGUUUGCUCCAAGGGACGAUGGUAUAAAACUAACGCCGUCUAGGGAAGCUGUACUCAGUGAUAUAAUAUACGAAGACGUAUGUCGUACUCAUUGGCCUAGUACUCGCCUUGCACGACGGAUUCCCCACGCAGAUACAUAUGGAACAAGGUCGGACUUGCAAAAUUUAAUCGACAGCUUACUUAGAGAAAGAGUUGCCCAUGUAGAAAGACGAAAACGACGUCACUAUAGAAUUGUUAAAUUAAAUCAUCGCCAUGAAAACAGUUGUCGGCCGGUGGGAAAGACCGGAGACAUCAUAGUUGCCAGUCACAAAAAUAAACAUGGAAAUGAAGAAAUUGCUUAUAGUGAUUAUAAAACCACUAAUACCGCCAAAUCGGAUAAUCAACGAAAUGAUAAACGUUUGCCUAAGAAUCAUCAAAGUAAUGAAGAACGUCUAGUAUUAUCAGAAUUGAAACCUAAUCGACAAGCAGAUUGUUCACCUGGUCCAAGUUAUGCUGUACCCCGUUUUACAAAUCCCAGAGUGCCAACAUGUUGCUAUCAUACAGCAAAUUCCAAUAAACAAAUAAGAAGUUCUAAAAACGAAGUCAGAAAUCAGGAUAAAAGUACACAAGAUAUUACAAGUGAAAGUAGUACCAAUACAGGCUCUCGUUUUAAAACUCCUCGUUUAGUAGUUAAAAAGAAUUCCUCAAAAAUUAAGAGUUCCAAUAAAGAAGAACCGAACCUUGAACACUAUAUUUUGUUGCCAACACUUGUAGUAAAAACUUCAUCUAAUAUACGACGUCAAAAGAGAUUUGGUGAAUUAUAUCAUCGAAUACUCAAAGUACAAUUUAACAAAGUGUUGGUGUUAUCAUCUGGCCAGCUCCGACAAUGGGCGCGCGGCCAGGCGGAGGGUAAGCUGGAGCGGGUCAUCCUAGCCGGCCAGGGCCACCGGCUGCUGGCCGAGGCGGAUGCUCUGCCUCUGCCGCGACACCUGACCAGUCUGAUCAUCAAGUGCGAUGCGCUCCACGCUGCCGUGGAGAAAGGCUCUCUUCUUGAACUACAGGUGGCACUGGUAACAUUUCCAGUUCUAGACUAA